AACACACUUCCUCAAAAACUCUUUCUCGUAACUAACUUAUUAGGUGUAAAUCAAAUGUCAAGACAAUAAGCAUUUGCCUGCUCAGGUUAUGACUUUGUCACAUAUAAAAAAUGUGUAGAAGAGGACUGGCCAGACAAUAAUCCAGAAAUGUGGAAAUAGAGAAGCUAACACAACAUGGUUUCAAGGAAGGAUGUGUAUGUGUUGACCUGAGAUACAGGUCAAGCUAACCAAUCCAGUACGGAGCAGUGGCGAGGGCCUCUCCCUGUCCCUCUUUUGGGUGAGGUGAGAGACUUGAGGACUUGUGUGAGAUGCGCUCUACCCUGUCCCUGUGUGGUGGAGGUGGUGGAGGAGGAGGAGAGCGGGGUCUCAGGGCCCGGGUGGGCAGGAUGAAGAGGCUGCUGUGCCUGAGGCCUGUCCACCGUGUGGACGUGCAGACGGACAUGGAGCCUGGCGUGUGGCUGAGGAGCUUCCAGCUGCUGGACCCCGAGGGACACUCCGAGGACCCAGUGCAGGAGUGGGGCGAGGAGGUCGAGGAGGGCGCCGUGUUCGGCAUUACCCUGCGGAGGGAGCCCACCUCGCUGGACGCCCAGACAGACUCCGCCUCUCCCGGCGACGUGCACCCCUCCGUCUUCAGCUUUGCCCAGUACCACACUGUCAAGGUGCGCCGGCUCAAGGCUGCCACCCUGGAGCGUCUGGUCUGCCACCUGCUGGACGCCGAACACCAGGAGGGCGACUACGCCCGUGUCUUCCUGUCCACCUACCGGACCUUCACCUGCCCCAACACCCUCAUAGAGCUGCUCUUCCAGAGAGAUGAUGUGAUGGCCAACCUGGACAACAGCGUCUGCCCCAGGAGCACGCUGCUGCCAGUGAUCCGGCUGUGGCUGGAGGAGUUUGGGGAGGACUUCCGCGAGCCGCCCCAGUACCACGCCCUGCGGCUGGUCAUCGUCCACCUGCGCCACCGCCUCUGCUUCCGACGCCUGGCCCUGUCCGCAGAGACCCUGCUCAAGAGGCUCCAGGCUGAGGAUCACAGCACCUGUCAGGCGACGCUGAAGGAGACCGGUGACUGUCAACAGCCGGAGGAGGAGGGACGCGGAGAGACGGACACCAAGGAGGAGGAGCCACAGGACUGGAUGGACGUCCCAGAGAAGGAGGUGGCCGAGCAGCUGACGAGAUUCGACGCCGAGCUGUUUGCGAGGGUGGUGCCGUUCCAGUGCCUGGGCUGCGUCUGGUCCCAGCGGGACAAGAAGGAGAACCGCCGCCUGGCGCCCACCGUCCGCGCCACCAUCGCCCAGUUCAACGCCGUCACCAACCGCGUCAUCACCUCGCUGCUCUGCCCCUCCCCCCCCGCGCCGCCCUCCGCCGCCCCCUCGUCGUCGUCGUCGUCCUCCUCCCACUUCCCGCCCUCCCCCUCCCCGGGCUCGCCCCGCCGCCCCCACACUAGCCCCGCCCACAGGGCCCAGGUCAUCGAGCGAUGGAUCGGCGUUGCGCAGGAGUGCCGACAGCUGAAGAACUUCUCGUCCCUGAAGGCCAUCCUGUCGGCGCUGCAGUCCAACGCCGUGUACCGCCUCAAGAAGACCUGGGCCGCCGUCAGCAGGGAGUCCAUGGCCACCUUUAAUCUGCUGUGCGAGACCUUCCCUGACGAGAACUGCGUGCUGACCAACAGGGAGAUCCUGCUGGAGGACGGGAGCCAGGCCACAGAGGACACAACCUCCAAAACUCCUAAAAUCUGCCCAUGUCCAAGCAAGUGUCAAAUGUCGAAUUCAGUGGUCGAGAGCAUUCACCCGAGCCUCGUCCACUUUGAGAAGCGUAGAAGGGAGUUUGAGAUCCUGUCCCAGAUCCGCCAGCUGCAGGCCUCCUGCUCCCAGUACAGCCUGCCCCAGCGUGAACACAUCUCCUCCUGGCUACAGGCUCACUCCCUGCUCUCCGACCAGGAGAGUUAUGAGCUGUCUCGGUACCUGGAGCCCCCGGUGGACCCCUGCCCCAGCUCCCCCUGCUCCUGGAGCCACCGCCUGCUCAACAAGAAGCUCACCUCGUUGCUCUCCGUCAACGACAGCUCCAGCAGGAAGACGCACGCCGACCAGAUCAGUGUUUCGUCCUCGGGCUCCAGCAGCUCAGAGAUGGAGGACCUGUCCUCCACCCCCCAGCCCUCCCCUCUCAGGCUCAAACUCCAGUCCCUGUCAGGCUCCCUCCAUGACGUGGCCGAGGACGACUUCUCCUCCUCCUCGUCCUCCUCCUCCUCCUCUUCCACGUCCUCCUCCCCGACGCCCUCCACCUCCUCCUUCAGCUCCUCGCAGGCUGACCUCAGCUCCUCCACCUUCUCCUCCUCCAUGGCGCUGAGUCCAGAGCCCUCCACCUCCUCCUCCUCCCAGCCCUCCCUGCCCGUCUACAACAGGCAGGUGGCCGACUCCUGCAUCGUCCGGGUCAGCGUGGAGUUCAGUAACGACUGCAACGUCUACAAGAGCAUCCUGCUGACCAGCCAGGACCACACUCCCCAGGUGAUCCAGCGGGCCCUGGAGAAGCACAACCUGCAGGGCGUCAGCUGCCACGACUUCAGCCUCAGCCAGCUGCUGUCCUCCGACAAAGAACUCCAGAUUCCAGACAAGGCCAACGUGUUCUACGCUAUGUGCACCCAGGCCAACUACGACUUUGUCCUGCGCCAGCGCUGGAGGAGCCACAGCCGUCACCCCUUCACCUCCUCCCCCUCCUCCAGCCCCGGGGCUCUGGCCAGGGCACGCCACGGCAAGUAGCCCAACGCCGCCCCCUGUGGCCCCCGGAGGGAGAACCACAUCUAGACUCACAGCUUGCGGCCAACCCAGCCCCGUGAGAGGUUACCGAACCUGUCCAGGAGUGUAGCUGUUUAGAAUGUUCCAUCGUGUGUAUCCGCUUGUGUGAUUUAACGAUUACAUGUAACACACUCUGUAAGAUGUACGCUAUCUGCAUUGGGAUCGGUCGAUAUCGUAACCUGAGGACAGGUGCCAUGGAGGCAACCCAAUUGAUUCGCUGGACGGAAAGGGUGGCGCUGAAAUCGAUGUCCACAUAUGGAUACGUGGAAGCAUCCGGAAUGAAGGAGCUCGGAUGGACAGCUAGCACGCUUGCGCCCACAGUACGGUGACGGGGAAAACAGAAUCCAUUUUAAGAGAGUGGAAAUGAGAAGGUGAUCGUGUGUGGAUGUUUUUAAAGUAUUAGCAGGCUGAGGUGAGAUUCACCAGGAUUAAAAAAAUAAAAAACUCUCUGUAUAUCACACCAGUGGCAAGGAGACUCUACGACUCAACGCUUUCAAACAA